AUGUCACAACCCCCGAGUAGAGGACGAUUGGCGCCACGGGGCGGCCGUCGCCCUGCCGCCGCCGCCUCCGUCGAGACACCCGCAUCCGGGUCGUCAGCCACCCCAGCAGCAGCCUCGACGUCAACAUCGUCAGCGGCAACUCCAGCAUCUUCAUCGGCCGCUAAGCCCGGCCCAAAGUUCAAACCAAAAGCAGUUAGAAGAGGCGAGGCCGAGAGACAGCGUAUUGCAGAGGAACAACAGAGGUUGCAGGACAUCCGAAAUGAGCAAGAGAGCAGGCGAUUAGCCCGGGCGAACCGUGGCCGCGGAAGAGGUGGUGGUCGUGGUCGUGGGCGGGGUAACUUCCUUAUGAGGGGGCCGCACCGCGAGGUGCUGCUGGCCCCUUGUCUGGAGGCAUGGGUUUCUGUGGUAGAUGGUGGUGGCUCCUCUGGUGGUUCCGGUGGCGAUGGCUUCGGAACCUCCAACGGUUUCGACGCGAACAGAAUCAACGCCGACAUGCUGUACACCCUUAGCUUGGAGGAUGAAGAGGAGAAGCUCGAGAACGGCUUGGUCCGGACGAAGAAAAAGAAGGCCCCAAUGCCGAUGGGUAUCAGGAGAUUUGAGCAUGAGGAAGAGGAGGUUGUUAUGGCGACUGCUGCGGAAAUCGAAGCCCAGGACGCCGGCGUCGAUGUGGCCGCUGGCGAUGAAGAUGACGACGACAGCUCAGAUCUCUUUGUUGACAACGGAGAAGGUUCAGUACAGAUCAAGGACGAGGGCGUGGUGGACAACACUGGACCGAAGGCCGUCAUUAAAAAGGAGGGCGGUGAGAUGGAGGACGUGAAUAUGGAGAACAUCCCAGAAGGAGUCAUCAAAGCUCCCGAGUCGCCAGAGCUUAAGAAGAAGGUUAUGGCUACUACAAAGGAUGCAGAGAAGCUGAAGGAGAAGAAGCCUAAGAAGCCCAAAGAAACAGAGGCAGAUUUUGCCCAGCAAGAUCGGGAGCGUUUGGUCGAGCUCUUCAACCACGGCACUGAGCUCGAAGGGCACAUGUUCCUCUUCCAGCUUCCCGUCGUACUCCCGCCCCUCAAAAGUGCAGCGCCAGCUCCCAAGGUCAAGCCAGAACCGGAGGGUGAUGAUGUUGUUAUGCUGGACCAGCCGGCUGCGCCAAAGUCGUCCUCUCGUAUUGACUUGACUUCGGAGGAGGCGAGCAAGGUCAAGAAGGAGAACGGAGAAGAAGCAGAUGCGGAGGCUGAGCAAGAUAUGACUCGGGAAGGCGGCUACGUUGGUCAGCUGGUUGUGCGAAAGUCAGGCAAGGUCGAAGUCAGCUGGGGCGGCGUCCCUCUACAGAUGGGCUUGGGCAUUCAAGCCAACUUUUUGUCGACGGCGGUUAUCACCAAGGAGGACGACGUGAAGCCCGCGCAAGAUCAGUACACGGGAGCUGCCCACGGCAUGGGCAGGAUCCAGGGCUCCUUUGUUUUGGCGCACACAUUCGGAGAUGAAGAAGAAUGGGUUGUUGAUCCAAGCGAUCUCGUCAUUGCCGAUGAGGAGCAGUAA